UCUUUCAUUUGAAUGAUCCUUCAGGUACGCCGAGAUUUUUGCCAUUUCCGCUAGAUUUAUAACUUUCAUUGUCCACUCUUGGAUUGUAGGUAAACCUUGCUUCUUCCAAUAUUGUGCCACCAACAGUCUUGCUGCAGUUAUUAAAUUCAAAAUCAAUUUAGCUUUAAUCAAAACACCAUUAAACAAUAGAUCACACAUAUUUUUGACCUCAAGAAUAUCAGUUGUGGAAAAGCUCCAUAGAUCUGCCUAUUGUAGAAAAAGCAUAGAUUGCAAAUCAUAGCUGAUUAAACAAGAAGAUUCCAACUGUAGAAAAGCCAUACAAAUUAUCCGAAUAUGCCAAAAAGUUUGGUCAGAACAGCUUCCUUGUGGUUCAUGGAACGACUCACACAGGAGAGAAGCCAUACGAGUUCUCCCAACGUGAAUACUUUACUGAGCACGGCAACAUGGUGAUAAAUCACAGGACACCCAUCACAUAAGAGUGCCCAAAUUGUGUGAAAGUUUCAUUGGAAAUUACCUCCUCAUGAGACAACAAAGGACUCACACAGGAGAGAAACCCUUUCAAUGUCCUGAUUGUGGGAAAAGUUUCAGUCGCAAUUCCAGCCUGGUGAUACACCAGAGGACUCACACGGGAGAGAAACCAUUUGAACGUCCUGAUUGUGGGAAAAGGUUCAUUAACAAUUCAUAUCUGGUGUCACACCAGCGGACUCAUACGGGAGAGAAACCAUUUGAAUGUCCUGAUUGUUGGAAAAGGUUCAGUAACAAUUCCAAUCUGGUGUCACACCAGAAGACUCACACCGGAGAGAAACCAAUUGAAUGUCCUGAUUGUGGGAAAAGUUUCCGUAACAAUUCCAGCCUGGUGAUACACCAAAGGACUCACACAGGAGAGAAACCAUUUGAAUGUCCUGAUUGUGGGAAAAGGUUCAGUCACAAUUCCAGCCUGGUGAAACACCAGAAGACUCACACAGGAGAGAAACCAUUUGAAUGUCCUGAUUGUGGGAAAAGGUUCAGUAACAAUUCCAGCCUGGUGACACACCAGAGGACUCACACAGGAGAGAAACCAAUUGAAUGUCCUGAUUGUGGGAAAAGUUUCCGUAACAAUUCCAGCCUGGUGAAACACCAGAAGACUCACACAGGAGAGAAACCAUUUGAAUGUCCUGAUUGUGGGAAAAGGUUCAGUAACAAUUCCAGCCUGGUGACACACCAGAGGACUCACACAGGAGAGAAACCAUUUGAAUGUCCUGAUUGUGGGAAAAGGUUCAGUAACAAUUCCAGCCUGGUGAAACACCAGAAGACUCACACAGGAGAGAAACCAUUUGAAUGUCCUGAUUGUUGGAAAAGGUUCAGUAACAAUUCCAAUCUGGUGUCACACCAGAAGACUCACACCGGAGAGAAACCAUUUGAAUGUCCUGAUUGUGGGAAAAGGUUCAGUAACAAUUCCAGCCUGGUGACACACCAGAGGACUCACACAGGAGAGAAACCAAUUGAAUGUCCUGAUUGUGGGAAAAGUUUUCGUAACAAUUCCAGCCUGGUGAAACACCAGAAGACUCACACAGGAGAGAAACCAUUUGAAUGUCCUGAUUGUGGGAAAAGGUUCAGUAACAAUUCCAGCCUGGUGACACACCAGAGGACUCACACAGGAGAGAAACCAUUUGAAUGUCCUGAUUGUGGGAAAAGGUUCAGUAACAAUUCCAGCCUGGUGAAACACCAGAAGACUCACACAGGAGAGAAACCAUUUGAAUGUCCUGAUUGUGGGAAAAGUUUCCGUAAAAAUUCCAGCCUGGUGACACACCAGAGGACUCACACAGGAGAGAAACCAUUUGAAUGUCCUGAUUGUGGGAAAAGUUUCCGUAAAAAUUCCAGCCUGGUGUCACACCAGCGGACUCAUACGGGAGAGAAACCAUUUGAAUGUCCUGAUUGUUGGAAAAGGUUCAGUAACAAUUCCAAUCUGGUGUCACACCAGAAGACUCACACAGGAGAGAAACCAUUUGAAUGUCCUGAUUGUGGGAAAAGGUUCAGUAACAAUUCCAGCCUGGUGACACACCAGAGGACUCACACGGGAGAGAAACCAUUUGAACGUCCUGAUUGUGGGAAAAGGUUCAUUAACAAUUCCAAUCUGGUGUCACACCAGAAGACUCACACCGGAGAGAAAUCAUUUGAAUGUCCUGAUUGUGGGAAAAGUUUCCUUUGGAAUUCUGAGCUGGUGAGACACCAGAGGACUCACACAGGUGAGAAACCUUACGAGUGCCCAGACUGUGGGAAAGAUUUCAGUACUAAGACUAGCCUUUUAAAUCAUGUGCUUAUACGCACGGGAGAAACCAUUUAAGUGCUCCAAGAGUGGAUGGUGCUGCAGGAAACAUUCCACCCUUAUUGCACACAAGAAAAUGCACAUGGAUUUUCCAAAGUGAUGAGUAAUGAUCUAAAGCAGUGGUUCCCAAAGUUAGUGGUACCAAAGUGGUGGCAGUGGGAUGACUUAGGGGGGCAGUAAGAGGCAUGGGGGGCAGCAGGGGGGCGUUAAGUGGCAAGGAGGGUGGCCCCCACCUUUUGGCCUGUGCCUCGCAGCAGUUACCUCCUCGCAAGCACACAGCAAGAAAAAACAGCUGCUUUCAACUUCAGCAUAUUAAUUGCAUAUUAAUUGCAUUAAUAAUUGCAUAUUAUUAAUUAGCACAAGUUGAUUAGAUUGGCCUCCCGAUUCUCUCAGCUGUUUUGCGCAGGGCUCUGCUGCUUGCUUCAAAGAGUUGGAGCAGAUUUUUUUCCCCUUGUGCUAAUCAAGCUAUGCUGAAAACAAAACAAAGUAAAGCAGGCUGUUUGCUGUUUGCUGCAAGGAAAAAUGAGGCAGAGGCAGAGGGAGAUUUCUUUUUCUUCUUUUUCCUCACUAAAACAGGUAGGUGCAAACAAUGAGAAAUUUAGGGCAAAAGAGGAGAGUUCAAGAUUUUAAAACACAAAAGAAAAACAGGAGAAAGAAAAAGGCAAAAAUAAAAAUGGGAAGGGAGAAAAAGAAAUGAAAGAGAAAGAUGUUAUACUUAUUUAGAAUUGAAAUAUGAAUAGUAGUAAGAAAUAAAUGGGAAAUCAUGAUU